UUUUUUUUUUUGAAUUUCGAUAUAUGUUCUGUUUUAAACCUUCGAUUAUAUCGCCUGAUGGAUUCUGUCAUACAUGAUAAAUACGUUUCAAUUUGACGAGCAUUACCCUCUUGCAUGCAUAUUCUUACUGUUAAUAACUUUCAGUUCUUGUCUUCUAGUACUUCUCAUUUGAUUACUCUUUUAAGUUUUUUCUUGAUCCCUUUCGAUUAUAUCGCCUGAACGUUACAUUUUUUUUCUUUCUUCUUACUGUUUAAUCACUUUUAGCUCUUGUCUUCUAGUACUUCUCAUUUGCUUAGUAAUUAAAGUAUUUUCUUGAUCCCUUUCGAUUAUAUCGCCUAAUGGAUUCUGUCACACGUUUCAAUUUAACGAACGAAUUACCCUCUUGCAUGGAUUCUGACGGUUACUUUCAGUUCUUUUCUUCUUCUCAUUUUAAUUAGUCUUAAAUUUUCAUUUUUUAGUUUUUAUUUUCAAAAAAGGGCCAGGGCUUAAAAGUUAAAAGGAAGUAAGAAUUAGUUAUUUCUCAACUUUGAAUCUUUAAGUUGAAUUUUUAAUCUCCCGAUGAAAGCUCAAAUCUGAUUAUGCUAGAUGCUUCAUGAGAUUCCGUUCCUACAAGAAAGGCUAUGCUUUUGCAAAUAUAUGUGGCAAUGAAGGCUAUGCCUUGGUACACUCUUCUUCCAACUGUCUCUGAGUAUAUGAUCGAGCAUGGUUGGACCAAAUGUUACUCCACACUUGACCAUUUCAACUGGUUCCUCUGUUUCCUCUACAUAGCUAUCUAUCUUGUUUUAGUUGAGUUUGGGAUUUAUUGGGUUCACAAAGAGCUUCAUGACAUUAAAUUUCUCUAUAAGCAUCUCCAUGCGAUCCAUCAUAUGUACAACAAGCAAAACACACUCUCUCCAUUUGCCGGGCUAGCAUUGCAUCCGUUGGAUGGGAUACUUCAAGCUGUACCGCACGUGAUAGCGCUGUUUAUAGUGCCGAUUCAUCUUAUAACACAUCUGAGUCUUUUGUUCAUAGAAGCGAUAUGGACAACAAACAUCCAUGACUGCAUCCACGGCAACAUCUGGCCUAUAAUGGGUGCAGGAUACCAUACCAUACACCACACGACGUACAAACAUAACUAUGGUCAUUAUACCAUAUGGAUGGAUUGGAUGUUUGGCUCUCUUAAGGAUCCUCUCUGACUCUUAGAAGAAGACAGUUACAAGGAGAAAACACAAUAAUGAGAAUGUUCAAAAGUUCACAUCUUUCUUCUUCUUCCUAUGUUUGAAUAUUCUUCUCGUGACUCUUAAACCUUUCAAAUCACUUUUGUUGGAAUUAGAAACAUAUGACCAGCAUAAUUUGAUGCAAAGUUUCUGACU